UAACCUGACUUUGUCGCUAUUGUGAACUUUAAAAGCAGGUAAACACCGCACAAACACUUUGUUAAUACUCCAUUUAAAGUGCCAUUUGACACCUGUGGCGUCGGCCGCUCGCCAGGGUCGCGGGGGGCGCUGGUGCCUGACUUUAUUUAUAAGUAAAGUUUUCGCAGGUAACCAUGGCGCCAUGCAUGGCGGACAUGAUGAUGAUGAUGAUGAUGACGCUCGCCGUCUUCAUCUGCUGCCAGGCGAAGCGGGACCAAACGCUCUACUGCUCAGCAUGCCGUGCGGUUGUGGAUGAAUUAAAGCACUCCAUCAGCCAAGUGGACCCCAAGAAGACCAUCAACGUUGGCAGCUUCAGACUCCAGCCAGAUGGAUCCAUGACGGACAAGAAGGUGCCCCUGGCUCGCUCCCACACUCACCUGAGCGAGCUCUUGGAGGGGGUGUGUGACUCCAUGAGUGACUACGCGCUGCACGUGGACCCCGACACCCGGCAGAGACGCUACCUGCGCUUUGCACCCAGGAGCGGCGGGGCCCCCGGGGACUUUCCCGACCUCAACAACUUCCACUUCAAUGGCCCUGAGGCCCCCAAUGCCUUGAAGUUCGCAUGUGAGAGCGUGGUGGAGGAGCUGGAGGAUGACAUCAUCGCUGUGUUCAGCCGGGAAGAGGAGGAGGCGCACACACAAUUAUGCAACAAUGUCUCAGACUAUUGUAGAGGCAGCACUCACACACAUGAAGACUUGUAGUUUUACUUUGUCUUUCCCCUUCUUGUUUUUGCAGACUAUUGUAGAGGCAUCACUCACACACAUGAAGACUUGUAGUUUUACUUUGCUCUUUUUACACAGGGAAAUAACUUUUUCAGUCAAAACAGAAAUCUGAAAUAAAUAUUCUGCCACAAAA